CAACACUGAGAACAAUAGCAAGUUGCUCGACCACGAGGGUGGGAGAAGAAUAUUGUAUUCUAGGCGCAAGCUGUGAUCUAUUAAUUAAAUUUUAUAUCGUAUAUUAAAUUUAUUGUAUACAAAAUGACUACUCUCGGAACUAUAACGUUUGAUGAAUAUGGUCGACCAUUCAUUAUCUUGAAAGAUCAAGAUAAAAAGAAAAGAUUGACGGGAAUAGAAGCUCUUAAGUCCCAUAUUUUGGCUGGUCGAAGUGUUGCAGGAACACUUAGAACUUCCCUUGGUCCUAAAGGUCUUGAUAAAAUGAUGGUUUCAUGUGAUGGUGACGUAACAGUUACUAAUGAUGGCGCUACAAUUUUGAAAAUGAUGGACGUUGAACAUCAGAUAGCUAAACUCAUGGUACAGCUAUCUCAAUCACAGGAUGAUGAAAUAGGAGAUGGCACUACAGGUGUAGUUGUACUUGCAGGUGCCUUGUUAGAGCAGGCUGAGCAGUUAUUGGAUAGGGGCAUUCAUCCAAUUAGAAUAGCAGAUGGUUUUGAAAUGGCUGCAAGAUUUGCUAUGGAUCACUUAGAAAAAAUCAGUGACAGUUUUACUGUUGACUUAAAUAAUUUAGAACCUUUGAUUGAAACAGCAAUGACUACACUUGGUUCUAAAAUUGUAAAUCGUUGUCUUCGUCAAUUUGCUGAAAUUGCAGUAAAAGCAGUCAUGGCUGUUGCAGAUUUGGAGCGUAGAGAUGUAGAUUUUGAAUUAAUUAAAGUAGAAGGAAAAGAAGGUGGGAAAUUAGAUGAUACAACUUUGGUUCAUGGAGUUAUUGUAGAUAAAGAUUUCAGCCAUCCACAAAUGCCUAAGGAAUUGAAAGAUGUAAAACUUGCAAUUUUGACUUGUCCCUUUGAACCUCCAAAACCCAAAACCAAACAUAAGUUGGAUGUCACUUCUGUUGAAGAUUAUCGUUUAUUGAGAAAAUAUGAACAAGAGAAAUUUGAAGAAAUGGUUGAUCAGGUUAAAAAUACAGGUGCUAAUUUGGCUAUAUGUCAGUGGGGAUUUGAUGAUGAAGCUAAUCAUCUGCUACUUCAGAAAGAACUGCCUGCUGUCCGUUGGGUUGGAGGACCUGAAAUUGAGUUAAUAGCAAUUGCAACAGGAGGAAGAAUUGUUCCUCGUUUUAGUGAGUUGACUCCUGAUAAGUUAGGAAAAGCAGGAAGAGUCAGAGAAUUGACUUUUGGAACUACAAAAGAUCGAAUGUUGGUGAUUGAAGAAUGUCAAAAUUCUCGUGCUGUGACUAUUUUUAUUCGUGGUGGGAAUAAAAUGAUUGUAGAAGAAGCAAAGAGAAGCCUUCAUGAUGCACUUUGUGUAAUAAGAAAUUUAGUGAAGGAUAACCAUAUUGUUUAUGGUGGAGGGGCUGCUGAAAUAGCUUGUGCCUUAGCUGUUAGUCAAGAGGCAGAUAAAAUAUCAACUUUGGAACAGUAUGCAUUUAGAGCAUUUGCUGAUGCAUUAGAAAGUAUACCUUUGGCCUUAGCAGAAAAUAGUGGGCAAGCCCCAAUUCAGACAUUAACUGAAGUUCAAGCUAGACAAAUAAAGGAAAAUAAUCCUUGGUUAGGAAUAGACUGUCUGAAUAAGGGAACAAAUGACAUGAAAGAGCAGCAUGUCAUUGAGACUUUGACAAGUAAAAAACAACAAAUCAGUUUGGCUACCCAACUAGUGAAGAUGAUUCUCAAAAUAGAUGACAUUCGUUCACCUGAUAAUUCGCCAUUCUAAUUUUUGUAAAUCUCUAGGCAUUUUGCUAUUCUUUGUUUAUUUUAAAAUCACUAUAUUGGAAUUAAUGUUUCUUUUUUAAAAGACAAAGCUUAUAACAGGUUAAAUGUGCAAAUUAAUUUAUAUAUUUUGGUUUAAAAAAAUAUAUAAAAAAGAAACUUGUUUUUAUAUGAUUUAUAUAAUGUACUUGUUCCUUUCAGUUAUAUAAAUCUGUUGCUUAAAUAAUUCAGUGAGUGAAACAGCAUUUGUUAAUAAUCCAUUUUUAACUUGGAUUUCAAUAGAAAAUGGCAAUAUAAAUGAAUCAGUUAAUAAAGUGUAUCACAGAAUCAAAACACAA